AUGCACCAACACCCGAUCACCACGAGGCAGGCGUACCAUAACGAACCAAAGUUUCAGGUCCAACAUGUUCAAUAUUGGGGUUCAACCUCCAACACAAGCUCGUGCGGGGCCAAACUAUACCCGCCUGUCAUAGCGAAGGGCCGACCUGCUGGUACUACAGAGGAUGAUAUCCCUUAUCUCUUUGCCACCGCUAUCUUGCUCGACGCAGAGGGCAACCCCGUCCCCGAACAGCUUGGCGGGAGCUUCUCUGCCGCCGCCGUUGGCCUGGACGAGCAACGCCGCUCCUCCUCAAGCACAGGCCACCCAGUCGCUUUCAUGUUUCCUGACCUCAAUAUCGCCUACGAGGGAACCUACUCAAUCCGUGUCGACGUUUACCGCGUCGAUUACGUUAGCGGGCAGGGUGCGAUUCUCGUCGAUCAAGUUGAGACCCGCAUGUUUGCGGUCUGCGAUGCUGAUGUGCCAUGCCAAAGGCCAUCAUCCGACGAGCGCUCUGUCCUUCGUAAACUUAGAGACCAAGGUUAUUCAGUACCCUCGAGUCCUGCCUAA